AUGAGUAGUAAACAAGGUCAAGGAAAAGGAAAGGCUUCCGGUGUUAAAUCGGUUUCUAGAUCUAUCAGAGCAGGCCUUCAAUUUCCAGUUGGUAGAAUUCAUAGGCAUCUUCGUAAAGGUCAAUUUGGAUUACGUAUAGGUAGUGGAGCACCUAUUUAUUUAGCUGCCGUUCUUGAAUAUUUAACUGCUGAAAUCUUGGAGUUGGCCGGAAACGCUGCUCGUGAUAAUAAAAAGUCAAGAAUUAUUCCACGUCAUAUUCAAUUAGCUAUUCGUAACGAUGAAGAAUUAAAUAAAUUGCUUGGUCACGUUACAAUUUCCGAAGGUGGCGUCUUACCAAACAUUCAUCAAGAAUUGUUGCCUAAAAAAUCUGGAAAGGAAAGUAAAAGAGGCAAAGCUAAAGUUAAUACUGCCACUUCUAAUACGCAACCUGUAGAAGAAGAACGUGCUGAAACAGAAGAGGAAGAAGCUGAUGGUGGAAGAAUGGAAACAAUAUUAAAUACUAAUUCUACUAAUAGUUAUAUAGUAUUAAUUGGCCCUCCCUUUGCAUCCAAUGCUGUUUCUAUUCUUCGUGGAAUUAUUCAUGUUUUAUAUGGCGAUAAGGUCGGGCCAGUCUAA